AUGGAAACGAUGAUGCGGAGCCUUGCCAUUAGAGCAAAGCGCCGAGUUCCUCGGGCCGGGCCGCUGCAAAAGAAUUGCGCCCUGCUCCAGAUGCCGGUUGAAAUUAUCCUCCUCAUCUCGGACGAGCUGCCCAAACACGGCCAAGUUGUGCUCUCGCAGACCUGUCUUGAUCUCCGAGCGAUCCUCGACCACCACCUACACCUCAGUGGAGCACGCCUCAGCCCCGAGCAGCAACUAGAGUACCUGGCCUGCCUCGCCCGGGAUGAGCCCAAUUGGUGGGUGUGCGAGAGGUGCAUCAGUCUCCAUUAUGUCACCUGCCUGGACAUGGUCAGGCUUACCCUCAACCACCACCACGUCCAACUGGCGCUGAAAUACAGCCGCAUGGGCGGCGGCGAUGUGAAACUCAGAGUGUAUCUUGCGAGACUGUUGGCUCCAGAAUUUAGACACACGAGAUCUUCAUCUCGGCAGCCGUCACAUAGCCUCGACGGCAAAUUCUGGACCUACCCUAAGAUUGCCGGAGGUAGAUACCUCGUGCUAUCUGUACGGCAGUACGACCAGAUAUGCCUGGACGUGCCCGUCUCGCGGAAGAGCCUGGCUCGGAUUAGGGCGUGCGAGCACCUCCAUAACAGCUUCGAGCUCGACUACGCAUGGAACGAGGGCCCGUUGCCGGCCCUACACCCUUUCCACGGGCUGAUGAAUGCGCUGGACGAGGCCUUUGCCUCGCAAGGCGAGACUGAGAUUCGCGGCUCUUGCUCCUUCUGCACGACCGAUUUUUCAGUAACGGCAUCGUCCGAGCGCGUUACCCUGCGUGUCUGGCAGGACCUCGGUGGCGAGGGCUCUCCCAACAACCCGGCCUGGAGGGUUCAUUCUGUCCGUGGCGGGACCAGCCGGUUCGACGUGCCCGUGCAUCUCAGCUUCGACACAGUUCCCCAUUGCGAGCCGUCCCAUUGGUCUCACAUCCGCGUUUCGGCGACCGGCGGCGACGCCGUCCUCGCCCUUAUCAGACUCUCCAAUGCCGCCGCUACGGAAGGAGCGCAGCGUGAAUCCACCCCGAACCGGCCUGGCUCGGCCGAGUCCGUUAACCUCCAGCCGGUCUCGAUCGUUGAAGCUGCCAACAAGCUCGCAGUUGAACAAACAAAUGCCUACAACGCCAAAAUGACAGUGUUCCGAGCCUUUUGUGAAUCGUUCGAACAGACUGCGAAACAAUACACGUCCGGCCUUGAACACAGCUUUGCGGAACAAUUUUCCAACAGCUUCCUCGACUUUUGGAAGCAGGCGCUCUCCGACCUCAAUUCCGCACCCGCCCCGACCUACAGCAGCGUCGCCGCCGGUCGCCCUGCAAGCCAGCCCCUCGGGGGCCACACUCCCACGGCCGCCGCAGCCCCGCAACAGCAACGACCACAACAACCAAUCUCCCGUCUCCAGGGACGACCAAUCCCCGCCCCACCAAAAGAAGACCUCCGUGUUUUCGUGCGGCUCGAUGCCGAAGCGCCGGCGCGAGACCACAGCAGCUACGCAAUUCGGACCCACAUCGCCGCCAAAGUCGGCAUCGACUUGCACCGGGUCCCGGCAGCUUUCAAGGGCAAUGAAGUCAACUACGAGGCGGCCGUCAAAGACGAAAUCGCCUGCCAGACCGGGCUCACACCCAUCAGCAUCCGUCCCAGCCGGCACGAUUCAAGCGACCUUCCGACUGUGACCGACAACCGUCCUGCAAGCGUUGCGGAAGGAACGGCCAUGACGAUGGGCACCCAACUAUUUGCUCAGCGGAAGCAACAGUUCGAGCGCAUAGACCAACCCGAACAGCUAGAACGAGACUCCUCCGAGAUUCUCAAUUCCAUAGCUCCGAGCACUGCUCAGCCCGACGACCAGGAAGCCGAGCACCCAGAUGACAGGUCACGGGGCAGGAGCGAAACCUCAGUCCUAAGCUCGACCAGGACCAUGUCUCCGCCAUUCAUUAUGGUAACCACGACACCUCAGCCUCAGAGCGAGGGCAACGAAUCUAGACCAGCUUCCCUUCAAAGAAGCGACGCAUCAGCCCCAUUGCACUAUCUCCAUGACGAGACAUCCCGCGUGAACCAAAGCGACAAGAAGACCCUGCGAGUCUUCCAAGCUAACGUAGGCAAGAUCUCGCCAGCACAUGACUGCGCCCUUGCCCUCGCCGACUCUGAACGAUACGACAUAGUGCUCCUCCAGGAGCCGUGGACGGAAGCCAAGGACGGCCGAUGUCUUACCAAAACCCACCCAGCCUACGAUACCUUCUCCCCAGUCGACAGCUGGGACGACAACAGCACCCGACCUCGAGUAAUGACCUAUGUCCGGCGGAGUCCCUGCCUGAUGACAGAUCAGAGGAGGCCUGUGGCGACCCGCGACAUUCUCUGGCUCACCAUCAACAACAUAACAGUAGUAAACUUCUAUCGACAACCGCACUACGAUGAAGCACUGGAGAUGCUCCUCCAGUGGACCACACCAGGAAGGUGCCUAGUAGCAGGCGACUUCAACGCCAAACACAGUAGCUGGCAAACCGGCCGGCUCGAUGGCCGAGGUGACGACAUCGCCUUUUGGGCCUCUGAGAACGGCCUUAGCUUGCUCAACCCUGCCGAUGUGCCAACGAACCCACAUGGCAACACAAUAGACCUCGCCUUCUCCAACAUACCACUAUCCGAAGCUGUCGUGGAGGAACACCUGGCCACCAGCUCUGACCACUUCACGCUCAGCGUGACACUCGCUGACCUGGCUCCGGCCUCGGUGCCGCUAGGAAAGGUCCGCCUCACCUCUGACGACGAGCUCGCUCGUUUCGCCGAAAUGGUCGAUUCCGGAGCAACAGCUAUCCCGGCCGCGGCCUCGUCUCCCCAAGAGCUUGAUUCCCUGGCGUUGGCGCUCGUGGAACUUCUCCAACUGGCAGCCAAGGCCGCCGGUCGCCCCGUCCGCAAAGGGGGCACGCAGCGCGCCCUGCGCCUCCAUAUUCAAAGCGGCGAUGUAGUUUACGAGACGCAGCUUGACAAAGCCAAUGCCCUACGGCGGGCGACGCUCGAGCGGCGCACGGCGGACGACGACAUCCCAGAUCCGUGGAUCCCAGUCGACACAACGAAAACCGUUCCCUUCACGCAACAGGCGUCACUUGAGGAAGUGCGCGACGCAACCCUACGGACAGGAAACACGUCUCCCGGCCCCGACAGCAUCACGGUACAAAUGCUCAAGGCGAGAUCUGCCGUUGACCUUGUUGCCGCUCUGCUGCAUGACAUUGAAGAGGCGUUUGCCCGCGGACAAGUUGCCACGCUGAUCCUUCGCCUCCAUACCAGGACACUACCACGCCCAGCUCGCCUCUCCAAUGCGGCCUCCCCCAGGGAUCACCAGUCUCGCCCAUCCUUUUCUGUUGUACACGGAACCAAUUUACCGCCUAGGGAAGCCGAAGGGCGCUUCGGCUACGCAGACGACACGGGCAUCUGGCUCGACAGCACCCUGUCGUUCAAGACACACGUGGAAAAGUGGACAGCCAAGGCACAGGUCGUGGCCUAUCACUUGAAAAGUCUGGCAAACACCAAACAUGGUCCUCUUCCCGGUGCCGUUCGCAGAGCCCAGGCGGCCAAUUCUCCUCCUCGCCGCUUCGGCGACGAUCAGGCGCUGCCUCUGCAAACCGCCCCGAAAGACCAGUCAGCAGCGGAUUUCCGCAUUUGGCUCCGGUCAGUGCCACCACACACUCUGGUCGUCUACUCAGACGGAUCGCUCUCCUCGGAUGCAGCGGUCGGUUAUGGCUAUGCCAUCCAUCUGGAUGGGCAAACCGUCCUAAGUGGCUGCGGCCGACUUGGGCCCGCUGAGGUUUUUGAUGCGGAAGCGAAAGGCGCGCUCGAGGACUCCUCCCAGGAUGUCUUCCUCGAGUUCCAGGCCCUGGCCACAGCACACGCGAAAGCAGGAACCUCUCAACCCGAGCCCGCAGGCGCUGUCCCGACACUGGCAUAUCUGCGCAGGGCUGCUAGGCAGCAGCCUGUGCGCAUUUAA